UAAUAUGUUGGAGGCUGUGGACUACAUGCUUCCAACAUAGGAACAGCACCGGGUUGGGAAUCUCCACUUCUGAGAGAAUGCUGGGGAUCUGCAGAGGGAGACGGAAAUUCUUGGCUGCCUCUCUGACUCUCCUUUUCGUUCCAGCCGUAACCUGGAUUUACCUGUUUGCUGGGAGUUUUGAAGAUGGAAAGCCAGUUUCAUUGUCUCCGCUCGAGUCCCAACCCCAUAGUCCUCGUUACACGGCCUCGAGCCAGCGGGAGCGGGAGAGCUUGGAAGUACGCAUGCGGGAAGUGGAGGAGGAGAACCGAGCACUUCGCAAACAGCUCAGCUUGGCACAGAGUCGGAGCCCAUCACAUCGUCGUGGGAAUCACUCAAAAACCUACUCCAUGGAGGAAGGGACUGGUGACAGUGAAAGCCUGCGGGCUGGCAUCGUGGCAGGAAACAGCUCCGAGUGUGGGCAGCAGCCAGCAGUGGAAAAGUGUGAGACCAUCCACGUUGCCAUUGUUUGUGCUGGGUACAACGCUAGUCGGGAUGUUGUCACACUCGUCAAAUCAGUCUUAUUUCACAGGCGAAACCCUCUUCACUUCCACCUCAUCGCAGAUGCUAUUGCGAAACAGAUUCUGGCAACCCUCUUCCAAACCUGGAUGGUCCCUGCUGUGCGCAUAGACUUCUAUGAUGCAGAUGAACUCAAGUCGGAAGUGUCUUGGAUCCCCAACAAACACUACUCCGGGAUUUAUGGGCUGAUGAAGCUGGUUCUGACAAAGACUCUUCCUUCCAAUCUUGAGCGAGUCAUUGUCCUGGACACAGAUAUAACCUUUGCCACUGACAUUGCUGAGCUAUGGGCCGUCUUUCACAAGUUCAAAGGCCAGCAGGUUCUUGGCUUGGUGGAGAAUCAGAGUGACUGGUACCUGGGCAACCUUUGGAAGAAUCACCGUCCCUGGCCAGCUCUUGGGAGGGGUUACAACACUGGGGUUAUCUUGCUACUUCUCGAUAAAUUGCGAAAAAUGAAAUGGGAGCAGAUGUGGAGACUCACAGCUGAAAGAGAGUUAAUGAGCAUGCUGUCCACCUCAUUGGCUGACCAGGAUAUCUUCAAUGCAGUCAUCAAACAGAACCCCUUCCUUGUCUACCAGCUUCCAUGUUUCUGGAAUGUACAGCUGUCUGAUCAUACCCGUUCUGAGCAGUGCUACAGAGAUGUGUCUGACCUAAAGGUGAUUCACUGGAACUCACCAAAGAAGCUACGAGUGAAAAAUAAGCACGUGGAAUUUUUCCGUAACCUUUAUUUGACAUUCCUGGAGUAUGAUGGGAACCUUCUGAGGCGAGAACUCUUUGGCUGUCCUAGUGAGGCUGACAUCAAUAGCGAAAAUCUCCAGAAACAGCUUUCUGAGCUUGACGAGGAUGAUAUGUGCUAUGAAUUUCGUCGAGAACGCUUCACUGUUCAUCGCACUCAUUUGUAUUUUCUGCACUAUGAGUAUGAGCAUGCCUCAGAGGACACUGAUGUAACACUGGUGGCUCAGCUCUCAAUGGACAGGCUCCAGAUGCUCGAAGCCAUCUGCAAACACUGGGAGGGCCCAAUCAGCCUGGCACUCUAUCUUUCUGAUGCAGAGGCCCAACAAUUUUUGCGCUACGCCCAGGGCUCAGAGGUUCUCAUGAGCCGCCGCAAUGUUGGGUACCAUAUCGUGUACAAGGAGGGCCAGUUCUACCCUGUGAAUCUCCUGCGGAAUGUGGCCAUGAAGCACAUCAGCACGCCAUACAUGUUCCUGUCUGACAUUGACUUCUUGCCCAUGUAUGGACUCUACGAGUACCUCAAGAAGUCUGUCAUCCAGCUAGACUUAGCCAAUACCAAGAAAGCUCUGAUUGUACCUGCUUUUGAGACCCUUCGGUACCGCCUCUCCUUCCCCAAGUCAAAAGCAGAGCUGCUAUCUAUGUUGGACAUGGGAACCCUCUUCACAUUCAGGUAUCACGUCUGGACAAAAGGGCAUGCGCCAACGAACUUUGCUAAGUGGCGAACUGCCACCACCCCUUAUCGAGUGGAGUGGGAAGCAGACUUUGAGCCAUAUGUUGUUGUGAGGCAGGACUGCCCAGAAUAUGACAGGAGGUUUGUUGGAUUCGGCUGGAACAAAGUAGCUCACAUCAUGGAAUUGGAUGCACAGGAAUAUGAAUUUAUAGUGCUGCCCAAUGCCUAUAUGAUCCACAUGCCGCAUGCUCCCAGCUUCGACAUCACCAAGUUUCGCUCCAACAAGCAAUACCGCAUCUGUCUCAAGACCCUGAAGGAGGAGUUCCAGCAGGAUAUGUCUCGUCGCUAUGGUUUUGCAGCUCUCAAAUAUCUCACGGCAGAGAACAACAGCUAGCACGACAGAACUCAUUUAUGGGAAACAGACACUGAAGGGAGGAGCCACUUAAUGUUUGGGGCCCAGUCUUUUAACUUGGAACUGAAAGACACUUUUUGUUUUUAUAUCAUACCCAGCAGUUCUAACAGUAGAAAUUUGAAGUGACAUGACUUCAGACUGCUUUCAGUAGUCGCCUCCCUUCCCCCCACCUCUCCACUCCUCCCCUUCCAGCCUUCAGCUUUAGUGUUCGCAAAGGGUGAAUAAGAGAGGCUGGACAUGCACCUAUCAUACCGCACAGAGUUGGGAGUGGAGAGUAGGAGGGGAAGGUUUUUGUUCGCAGAACUGCAGAGCAAAGAGAAAAUAUAGGAUUUCAUGUUGCUAUUUAAUAAUUCCACAUGCUUUUUAUUUGUAAAGGAAGAUCUUCAGGUCACUGUCCUGUGAAAUGCAAAUUUACACUACUCUAAAAGGGAACUUUUACCUAUGGACUUUCACGGUGGUCCUGAUCAUAUGGAUGGCCUUGUUAAUGCAGGAUGAGCCAAAGGUCUGAAUUAGCCUUGGAAAUGGAGGGGAAACAUAUACAACACUGCACUAUAGAGAAGGUGUGUUACUGGUGUAGGCAUUUUCAUGGCAUCAGCUGAUCUUUUAUCCUCAAAUUAAUUCUGUUUGAUUUGGAAACCUCCACCCCCCUCCCUUUCUGCCAGCCCUACCCUCCAUUCCUUUUUGUUGAAAGGAAGUGGUCCCCUUCAUGCUUCUUGUCCAUCCCCAGCUGUAGAGGUCCAGUAAAGAAAAGUGGUGCCUCUGCCAGAAUGUGAAGGGACCUGUCAGUGUAAGGUCUGUUUUCACCAGAGCAAUUUGUUCACACGUGUCUAGUGAAAUACAUGGGCGCAUUGUAGCCUGUUACCAUUUUAAAGGCAAGAAGAGGGAUGUUCCCUAGAAUGCAUUUUCUGCUGGGGAUAGUGACCAGCGGGCUCUUUCAGUGCAUGUCCAGUGGUGAAAGCAUUGCGCCGUGGGCUUUAAGUGGACUUCUUUGCUGAACAGGAAAUAUAAGCAUGGCAGCUAGACCUCAGUAGCCUGGGUGCUGUCAAGCUGCCUGCUGCAGGCUCUCAGAACUACUUCGUUAAAGGAGUUAAUAAUAAAAGGAGAAAACUGUGAGGAAUAAACUCCCCAUUUUGAGGGGGAGAAGAGAAUGUGUUGGGAAUCCGAGUGUGAAUGUUUGCUUGAAUGUGGGCUGGUCAAGUUCACAACCUCAACAUCCAUAGAAGUAUUUCGGAGGGUGGACAGGACAUCUAACAAGCAAAACACACACAGAACACAAGACACUGGACUUUCUACCAUUUUCUUUAUUCUUCAGUAUUAAUGUUGUGUUUACAUUGGAUGAAGAGAUGAGGUUUAAUGCACUACCCCUUCCAGGGCUAUUUGUAUUCAGUUGCAAUGUUAAUAGAGACAGCAGAACCAGCUAAGAGAGAAAUGUGUCUCUCUUCCUACCCCCAGUCAUGUAGGACAGUAUUUAGCAACACCUCUGCCUGGACUGCAGAAUGUAUCAACACCGCAUUUUGCUCGGUUUAUUCUGUUGUUUUCCAGUCAUUGGACCCUCAGCCCUUUCUCCCCUGCUAAUCACUUUAGAUCUCAGUUUUCUUUCUAACCUAUGACUCCGAGGUUCUAUUUUACAGCACAUUCAAGACAGCUAAGCCAGAUGUCUGAAGUACAAAUGUGAGUUAGGCUGGGUACAUGUGAGAAAAGAAAUGCAAAACAAAAAAGAAAAAGAAAAAACAACAACAAAAAAACAAAACAAAAAAGGAAAAUAGCAACAUUGUUGACAAGAAGGGGAGGGAGGCUCUAUGUAAUUGUGAUUUUUUUCCCCCCUGGUAUUGUUGGCUGUGUAAGUAUAUAUCACUGUUUAAUUUUUCCAAAGUGCUUUUCUCUUUUACUUAAUGGCUUUAUGAGAAGAUUUAUAUAAAAAGGUUUGAGGGGCGAGGAAAAAUCAAAUAAACACUAAGCCCUGACUGUGGUAUAUCAGAAAAAAAUAGAAACUUCCCUCACUGCUGAGGGCUCAAAUCUGCACUGUAUAAUACUCUCCCACCAAAUGCUCAAUAUGAGUAAGGGUGACAGAGGCUAUUCGUAAGAGAGACUAAGGAGUGAUGUGAAGCACUGAUUUUUCCCUAUAUGAAUUUGCUGGCCAGUCCUUCAGUGUAACUAAAGCAGUUUCAUACAGCACUGUUUAAAUUCUGGAUGUUCACUUGUUCUUUGUUUCACAAUGAUGCCCCGGGGUGGGAAAGGAACACCAUUCUCCAUCAGUGUUGGGUUCAGGCUAGACUGUCCUACAAGGCACAACCUGUAGUAUGGUACGUUGUUCACCUAUGCCAUAGCAACGUUAGCUAUGGUUCCAGCCCUGCUCUGUCUUUUGGUGGUGAUGUGGGGUGGGCCAAGUAGUAAUUUGUUGUUGGCUUAUGCCAGCAGCUACUUACUACAGCUCAUUAUGGAGGCUUAUGUGUGCUAGCUGAGAUAAAGAUGGCUAGCUCAAAGACAUCUACUAUAUUAGAGAGGUACAAUAUUUCUUUAUGGAAUCUGUGCUGGUUUAUUUACAUCCUGCCAUAUUUAUCUAGUGGUUAUAUAAUCCUGUUUUAUUAUCAUUUCACUUAAUUUCUUUGCUAUCAGAUUAGGUUUGCUUACUCUCUGUAAUUAGCAGAAUCCCUCCAGCACCAUACAAAAGUACAUUUGUGGUACUCUAGCCCUCUGCUACAGCUGGUAAUUUUAAUGACAGAAUGCAUAUUUCUCUUAGCAGCCUGGUUAUUUAAUUCUUCUAUUCCUCUGAGCUCUUUGAUGAAUACCAUCUAGACCCAGUGACUAUUAUAAUCUUUAUAGAUUCUUUCUAGCGCCUUCUCUUUUGACACAUCAGUCUGUGACAUUAUUCUAACUUUAUUACUUAGAAAGAGUGGGUCUCUGGGUUAGGUGUUCGUCCAACAUGUGCUGUGGUGAAGACUGAUGCAAAUAAACCAUUAGUUUCUUGGAAAUGCCCUUACUGUCUUUAACUGCUCCUUUUAGUUCAUUAGGGGCAGCUUGUCCCACCAGUUAUCUCAGGCUUUCUCCUUCUGGUAGACUGAGAACAUUUGUUUUUUUUGCUUUAUAUUUUUAACUAUUUUCUCUUUAAAUUGCCUCUUAGCCCACUUGGUUUUCAUCUUACCAUUUAUACUCUUUUGCAUUGGCUUUGACAGGCCUGGAUUUCCAUUUUCUGAAGGCUAUCAAUUAGGCUCAAAUAACCUUUUGAAACUUACAAUUUAAUCAUGCUGGUAUUUUCUUUUCUUUCUCUUUUAUUUGUUUUAGUAGGCAUACAUGAUCUCUGUGACUGUGGUAUUCAUAGGCAUCUUCCAUGCUGAGUUUUAACUAUUUUAAUUUUGACUUAGGGCAUUUUUACCUGUUUCUUAUUUUCUUUUUAAAUGCUUCCCUUCAAAGUCAGCUGUCACCAUGCUAGUUUUUUAUGCCAUUCCCCUACCAAAUGAUGUUGGACUGAAUUAUAUUGUGGUCGUUAUUACUGAAUAGAUUAACUGCAUUUUCUUUUUGAACCAACUUGUGUAUGUUACUUAGUAUAAAGCUUAGAACAGCCUGUCCUCUUGUGUACUCUAAACUUGUGUUGUUGAGAUGCAGUUGAUUAAGAAGCUCAGAAGUUACUUCUCUAACUUUUACCAUUUGGUAACAUUUGCCCAGCCUCUGUAUGGGUCACAGCUAUUUCCUAUUAUUAAUGUAUUAUUAGACCAACUUGACUCUUUUUUUUUUUUUCCCCCCCAAACAUUAUGCCUGCAAUAUCAUUUUCCUGAUCAAGAGGACAGAAAUAUAACCGCAUUUGUAAAUUUGUA